AUGGCAAAUCCCAGUAGGAUGGGACGAUCCGUCCAAGAUUUGCCCAAGAAGAUGGAAGACUCCUGGCAGGAAUAUUACCACUCGCUACAAGAAGUCAACGCUGGGUUUGGAGACGCUUCCGAGAAAGUAUAUGGAGCUUAUCUGUACGCAAUAUCAGAGAAUGCUGAGGGCAAUCGACAAUCAAUUUUGAUCUGCUCCAAAAGUAAGAUAGCACCUCUAAAGACGAUCUCAAUACCUAUAUUAGAGUUGAAUGCAGCUCUCAUGCUUUCUAAAGUGACUGCUACAGUGAAGCGAGCAUUUGGUGAUAGGAUCAAACAGAUUCAUCUAUGGAGCGACUUUAGUAUCGUGCUUCAUCAAAUUAGAACCAGUCCAAAUCUAUUAAAGACUUACGUAGCGAACCGUGUGGCAAAAAUCCAGGAUUUAUCAAAAAGCGCAGAUUGGCAUCACGUACCAUCUUCAGACAACCCAGCUGACCUUUUAACACGAGGUUCAACGGUAUCGGAGUGGAAGAGCAAUUCUCUCUGGUGGCAUGGGUCGCGAUGGAUUAUGGAUGAAAACGAAUGGCCAAAACAGGCGCCUUUAACACAAAGGCCAGAGCAGCUAGAGAUCAAGAAGACAGUGGCAGUAAUACAGGCUCCGUCAGAGAAUAACUUCUUAAGAAGAUACUCGACUUACGACAAGUUAUUAAGUAUCACCGCUUAUUGCUUGCGUUUUAAGAAGAAUUGUAAACAAUCAAGCAAAAGAGUGACUGGACCACUCACAGUAAGCGAGCUGAAUCAAGCCGAGAUUACUAUCCUUAAAUUAGUACAAUCUGAGGCGUUUACCGCGGAGAUAUCAGCAAUUGUUCGAUCUCCGGAAGUAGUAAGCUGA